AACAACUUAUAGUGGGUCGCGUGACGUAAUAGUAGAGUGUAUUGGGCAGUUGCUAGUCAGUCUGCUGGUGCGCAUGGUCUGACGAGUUGAUAGAAGAAAAACAAGUCAGUGCAGUGCGUGACUCCAAUUGCACGAGGAAAAUGUCACGGUGUCUUAAUAUCGCCGUAUUGGCGUUAAUUGUUAUUUGGUUGAACUGCGGCGAUGGCGCGAGAAUCUUGGGCAUAUUUCCCACCGCUUCAAUAAGUCAUCAAGUCGUAUUCCGGACGCUGACUUUAGAGCUGAAUAAACGAGGUCACGAACUCGUUAUUGUUACAACAGACCCGGUCAAGGAUACGAGCAUAAAAAACUACAAAGAAAUUGAUGUCAGCUUUUUAUACGAUGAUAUUGCAAAGGAGGUCAUAAAUAUCAUAAAUUUUCGCGGUAACAUGAAUUGGUAUGUGCAGUUCACAAUGUUUGAAUCAAUGGUGUGGGAACAAAUGGGUCGGAUAUUCAGUCAUCCGGAGUUUAAGAAAGUGUACGAACCCAACAGUGGAGAAAAGUUCGACCUUAUACUGAUGGAAAUUUUCUUUACACCUGGUUUCAUGGCUCUGGCUGAACGAUUUAACGCUCCGAUAAUUGGUAUUGCAAGUGCGAGUUUGCAGCUGAGUUUGCAAUACGGAAUCGGCAAUCCCAUUCUGCCUUCUCAUCCAUCGAGUUGGGAACAGGACGUCAAAUUUCGUAAUUCAUGGACACCAUGGCAACGGCUGGAAGAUUUCUUCCAGUGCUGGAGAAUGAUUUACUACUAUAGGACUGUCUCCCUACCGAAACAAAAAGAGAUCGCGGAACAAUAUCUGGGAAUUGAGGUUUCGGAUCUUCAUGAUUUGGAGAAAAACAUCAGCUUGAUAUUCGUCAAUCAGCAAGGUCCGAUUUCCUUCGCCAGGCCAAAUGUUCCGAACAUUAUUGAAAUCGGUGGAUUUCACGUGUCUGAUAAAAUCAAACCUCUGCCCAAGGAUCUUCAGAAGACUCUGGACGAAGCUACCCAAGGUUUCAUUUACAUGAGUCUCGGAUCGAACGUCAAGAGCAACAUGUUGUCGGAGAAAUCACGGGACGCUUUCAUAACCGCGUUUUCAAAGCUUCCUUACAAGGUGAUAUGGAAGUUUGAGGAUGACCAGCUCAAAGGCAAACCGGACAACGUGAUUAUCCUGAAGUGGGCGCCGCAACAGGCAAUUCUGGCUCAUCCGAACAUCAAACUCUUCAUCUACCAAGGUGGACUCCAGAGUACCGAGGAAGCCAUAUCGCACGGUGUGCCUCUGGUUGGGAUACCGGUAAUGGGUGACCAAGACAUGAACGUGAAAAAAAUGGUGUCUCUAGGCGUUGCCGUGAAACUAGACAUCCUCAAUAUAAAUGUGGAUGACUUGCUCGAAGCAAUACGCACCGUUACACUUGACAAUAACUACAAACAGAGGAUGCUGAAUUUGGGCUCGCUGUUAAAGGACAAGCCACAAAAUACCCUCCAGAACGCGAUUUGGUGGACAGAGCAUGUGAUACGUCACAAAGGCGCUCCGUACCUGCAUUCGACAACCGCUGACAGCCCGUGGUACCAACGUCAAGACAUGGACAUAAUAGCGUUUCUAACCGCAGGAUUUGUCUCUAUUUCGAUCUUGGCAAUUUUGAUAUUGUACAAGUGCGCGAUUCGCGGUAUCAAAAUGUUUAAUCACAGACCAGUUGAUAAGCAAAAGAAAAAGAGAAGUUAACGUUUUCAUGUACUAAAUAAUCAAGCUAGACCGAAGUGAAAUUCCUACAAAUUUAUAUCAGCCCAAAUCAAUCAACUGAUAACCCAAUAGUGUCACUACUCCAACGAUAAUAACCGAGUGUAUUUGAGCAGUAAAAAUAACGACGAAUAAUGGGAAUCUGUACAAAGUGACAUUUCUUAAUCUGUAACAUACCAAAGCUGUGGACAUCGACCUCGCUUCCCUUAAUUGCACACGCAACCUUGAUCGAAGAAUCUAGUCACACAAGUUCCAAACGGAUGUUUCAAUCGAGUUCAUCGAGACUUCAACUACGUUGCCCUGUUUUGAUAAAAACUCCCGAAUGAUAAGAGCUUCGUCGGAAAAGGUAGAGCAGAAGCUAAUUCAUAUGUUCAAAGACAUCUGAAUUCUGUGAAACGAGGAUGCCUUCCGACCGCGUCCGGAUGUCCGAUGUUUAUUUCCCGCCUGUGCCAAUACCGAGACCCUGUUACCACAGCUCGUUCGCAUUGAGCUCUUCCGGUUUCCCGGAGGGAUUCUCCACCGUCGGAUUAAGCCCCCUUUGUCCCCUGCCAAAUGAACGUAUCGGGUAUGUUUCCUGCCCAAGGGUCACAGAGAAAGGAGAGAAAUCGCUAGCUAGAGUCGAACUGACGCGACGCGACGAGUCGCCCUCAGCCCUUUGAUCUUCGUCAACAAAAUUCCAGUCACGGCGCCGUUCGCGUCCCUUUCUCUAAUUGUAUGCCUAUACGCAGAUACGUAUGGAGCAUUCCACGUCAAAUUAUCAGCCCGUGUACCUCACCUCACCCCUUUUGAUUCUGAUAAUUUUUUAAUAACAUAUUCUUACCAAUUUCUUCAGAUUUUCGUCAGCCACUGGUAAAAUUUAUACAAAAUCGAAAAAUCAAUUACGAAAAAUGCCAUUUUUUCAAAUACCUUUAAAAACUGAUACUCAUUCUAUGAUUCAAAAUGUAAUUUCUGAGCAACACACGAUAAUGGGAUCUGAAUAUUUAACAUUUUUUCACAACUUUACAGUUUUUCCAUAUCGUAAUUGUUUUUGCCUUUUUAUUUUUUAUAUACCUUCAUCUAAAUAGAUUGCUGAACCACAUUAUUUUCAUGAUUCCGUGCUCUAUUUAGAUUGGGAAAAAGAAACAAGAAACUCCAAUUCCAACACAGAAAAA